GGCAGCCAGAAAAGCAUUCCAGUUCCACGCCUCAAAGUGUAACAAAGCUUCUAAAGCCUUACGAACUUCUUACGUUCUAAACAAAACCAAAACCACCAAACUCAAAAUGUUCAAGCUUCUGGUUCUGCCCCUGUUCUUCGCCGCCGUCUCGGCUGGAUACCUCGGCGCCCCGCUGGCCUACUCUGCCCCGGCCUACGCUCAUGCUCCGCUGGCCGCUGCCUACCACGCCCCGCUCGCCUACCACGCACCAGUCGUCAAGACCGUCGCUGCCCCAGUUGCCUACGCCGCCCCGGCCUACCAUGCUGCCCCGUACGUUAAGGCUGUUGCCCCAGUUGCCACCAGCUACGCCAACACCUACAAGGUCUCCGUGAAGGCCCCAGUUGCCUACGCUGCCCCAGCCGUCGUGUCGCACGCCCCGGUCGCUUAUGCCGCCCCGGCCUACGCUGCCCCAGCUUACGCUCACCAUGCCGCCCCUCUGGCCUACGCUCACGGAUACUACCACUAAGCAGCUGGCAGUUCGGGAACGCUCCGGAUGGACGCCCCACCCCGGGGAGGGGAAUGGACCGUUUAGCAAAAACUGCAUCACCGCCAGAUCCAGCAGUGAUUGAACGGCGGUCGGUGUUUGAGGUGCUAGCGGGCCAAUACCUACGGUCCCAUUCUCCACUUGCCAUUAGGUUGUAAAAAAAACAAAACAAACAUUCCGUUCCGGCGACAAACAACAUCUAUCAAGCGCAAUAGCUGCAACAAAUUUUGAAGCCAAUCUGCAAACAACAAAAAAAACCGUUCGGACGCUGAAUGAAACUUGCCACAUUUCAUCCUCAUUCCUGGCAAUGCAAAGACAAACCAACCUCCUUCCCCCAGCUAACCAGAACAAACUGAGUCGAACAACUGUGUACAUACGAUGUAAAUUCACUGUAUUUAUUACGGAAUAAAACUCGAUAAAACCAUAA